AUGUGUGGAUCGUUAUUAUCCAAGUUUAAGAAAAGAAGUAACAAAAUAGCUCCUGUAUUAAGCGUCGAGUAUAUGGAUCCACAGUGGUGUCCGAGAAAGACAUGUCUUGCGAAUGUCGCCUCUAUGCCGUUGAACGGAAAUUUAUCAAGAGAAGAUUUAUCUCUUGACAGGACAUUCAGUCAGAGGAUCCAAUUUUCGGACCUUGGUAAUUUUACUGAAAGAAAUUCUAAGAUGAACAUGGCGGAGGGAAACAGCGUUCUGUUAGCUUCAUCAGUUUUUACAAGUGAUGGAGCUAACACAGCGGAGCCUGCCUUCGAAGUCGAUGCCACCGAUGAAGUGCUGUCUGUGAGUAGUGGAAUCCAGAUGUUAACAGAAAAGCGAUCUGAUACUAUUAGUCUUCAGGCUUUUGACGGAUUUCAAAUAAAGAGAGCGGAUUCAGCGGCAGAGAAAGAAGAAAAGACAGCGAGUCAACGUAAACUGCUUAUCACGACUUCAACUUUGAAUCAGGCUUCACCAGACUCAGUUCUUGGGUAUGGAGAUGUGGAACCCGAAAUUUUGGGUUCAAGUACAGUUUCCUUUGAUUGUGCUAUUUCAGUACAAUCAGAGGAAACUGUACUUGAAGUUCAAAAUAAACAGGCGUUAGUUCCUCUUAAUGACCAUGAAGAACGUCUUAGGCCAGCUCAUCAUGAUCGUGAAACACAAGAAAGCUUCAUUACUUUCAAAGGUCUUUCUCCUGAUAUACUGAAAAAGGUUUCAGCUAAAGAAAACAUGAUGUUAAAUAGAAACGAAAAGGGCAAUUUGGGACUCGUCUGCGAGUCAUUAGCUGGAAAGGAAUCAAAGUUUGAGGUACCGCCUGUUGAGGUAGGGGUCUUUUUAUCAGGGGGUAGACCUUUGGUCAUCAUCUUGAGAUUAUGAUUGGCUAGAAUAUCCCUCGCCACUUUCUGAGCCAAUCAGAGAGUUAGAAAAACUGACGGUCACUUGCUCGAGACAAGAAAAUUUGCUCCACCUUGUUCUCUCUCCACCAAUGUGUAUAUAUAGGGUACCGGCAACAUACUUCUGAGAAUAACGCUCCGAUGGAUUAGUCUCUCCUCCAAGGGGCUGGGGAGGGGUGAGGGAACUAUGCUCCUGUGCACUUCGUGUCACCGAAACCGAGGUCGGGUGCUUCAAAAGCAGCGACGAUGGCCACGGCAACUAGAAAAGAAAAAAGGCAGUGGACCAUUUCUGAGUUUCCCCAAGCCUCUGUUUCAAAGCGAGGUUGAGUGCGAAGCAAUUGAUAUGAAAAUUAUCUUUUAAUCUCAAAAGGAGAUGCAAAUAAAACUCAUCUUCACAAGAAAGGUUUUGCACGUAGCCUCGUUUUGAAACUGAGAGUUUUUGGAACUUGGAAACACAAUAUUUUUGCACGAGCCUUUACGCCUUUUGGUGAAGAAAAAAAACCACAACAAAACAAAUAUGUCAGAGUAAAUUAUCAGAUCUGCGCAUUAAUGGCAAUCAAGCUCAUAUUCAGUCAAAAUAUUUGGUUCAAAAUAGUUUAAAUCAUACUUUGUACAUGAAAACGCCAUAGAGUAUACAGGGAAUGGUGACAAUGAAGUAUAAGCUCUGCUAUUUUCUUGUCACCAUUCUCUCUACCCAUGCCGCUAACAUUCAUAGAGUGGAAGUAAUUAAAUACUAGACGCCAAGGCUGCUUCAAACCAACAGGUAGUUGAUGAAAUUGAGAAAGAGCACACUCAAGAAAAAAUGAUGACUCCUUCAGAAUCCAUACCUAUGAUUUCGUCACUACAAGGCCAAGCUGAAACGAGGGUUAAAUCUGCAUCUUCACAAGAAUUGGCCUUAGCGGAGAAAAAUGAAGUAAGGAUGAUCGGCUCAAUUGAAGGGCGACCAAGCUCUGUCACCUUACAACGAGCACCCGUUUGUGCUAAACGUCUGGCUGGCAGGGGGCAGGGUUCCUUCACGGUAGCUACCAAGGAACAGCAGAAUGAUCGAUUGGUGGUUGAAGCCGAUUCAUUUUCUCGAUCAAAAGUAAAUCUAGAAAAUGAAUCACAGAAUCCAAAUGAUGUGCAAAUGGAUCGUGACGUGCUUCUCUCCAUGGCCAAAAAGCAGCUAGAAAUCAAGGUUUUAAGCGUAAGUACUGAUCUAGUAAAUGAUAUUAACUUUGCAACAAAAGAACAACAUGACAUAAUCGUUAAAUGAUGCAUAAUAUCUAUCAAAACAGGCCUUAUCAAUCUUUUAAGUUAUUACAAUCGUUGAAAUGGCCUCAAAAUAUUCAGAACUUUGAUUUAGUUUUUAAUUCGCGUAGAUGACUGCUGGAAGUUCAGUCAAGACUAGAGAGUUAUUGUUGGCAGUGGCUACAAAGGAACUGGAGAAUAGGAUUUUCCAGGUAAGUUGUGCCCUGGUCUAAAUCACGGUGCUGCAUGUGAGACUGAUAAUGCGAAGAACGGUUGCUUUGAACUGAAAUGCAGGACUGUUUAGAGGUAUGAAUAUUGUUACAGAUUCCCAACCGAUCUCAAAAUUGUUAA